AUAUUUGGUUUGAUCGUCGGGUUCGAGUGGAUUUUCAUGUAAAAAUCAUGAAAAAAGUGCAUGAACAAGGGCUGAUGUGCCACUCUUCAUUAAUGAUUAAUACCCGUAUUGAUUGGCUGUGUUUUGGGGAUUAGGGCCUCUGUUUGAGUAAGAGCUCAGUGUUCAUGAGUGGGUGGUUGUGUUUAAGUCCGCUUUUUUUUUUAUGUUUUCAGAUUUUUCUACGUGGAUUUCUAACACCCGAGUGGACUUUUUAGCGGGAUUUUUUUCAGCCCAGGUCGACCUGAUACCCAAAACCCGUCAUAAGAACAAGCCUCUCAGUCUGACUUCCAUCCAGUGUUAUAAAACAGUCUUUAUCGUCCACAGACCACAAACAAUGAAACUGUCGCUGCUCUGUGUUCUCCUGACACUCGGACUGGCCGCUGGCUACCGCAGUCCACUGAAUGACUUCCAGCGCUCUGAGGGCAGAGAGCUGGUUCCUACCUCUUGGAACUCGGCUCGAGUGUUGCUGUUCCCAGGCCUGAACCUAGAGGACUGUGCCACACAAUGCUCCCAGUCUCUGGACUGCAGAGCGUUCAACUACGAGACGCGUCCGACUGUCACCUGUAAACAUCUGCCCUGGGUGGGUGACGGCAGCAAUGCAGAGGUCAAGAGAAACGUAAACUGUGACCUCUAUGAGAAGAAGGUCUAUGUCAGAAAGUGCAUCGUGGGUAAAGGAGAAGACUACCGAGGGAAAGUCUUCACCACAAGAAGUGGGCUCACCUGCCAACAGUGGUGGUCCAAGUUUCCUCAUGACCACAGGUGGACUCCCACAGCUACUAAUGGUCUGGAGCUAAACUACUGCAGGAAUCCGGAUGGGGAUCGUAUUGGUCCAUGGUGCUACACCACUGACCCCGAGCGACGUUAUGAAAGCUGCAACAUCCCCCAGUGCAAAGAUGAGGUUUGUAUCACGUGUAACGGAGAGGACUACAGAGGCCAGGUGGACCACACUGUGAAUGGCAGAGAGUGUCAGAGAUGGGACCAGCAGUACCCUCACCAACACAUCUAUCAGCCUGAAAAGUAUCCCGAUAAGAGUCUGGAUGAUAACUACUGCCGUAACCCUGACGCCUCUCCGGUGCCCUGGUGUUACACCACUGACACUGAGGUGGAGAGAGAGAACUGUGAGAUCAGCAAGUGCAUCACUGCCUCCACACUGCCCAGUUCCAUCCCCACCACAGAGCUGCCCAUCCUCACCUGCUUGCCAGCUGAGGUGAGGGUUGAGAAACGCCAGCGCUCCAGCUUUACGACCAACUGUUUCCGCGGCCGCGGGGAGGAUUACCGUGGUAAAGUCAACGAGACCACAUCAGGUAUCCCCUGUCAGCGGUGGGACGCCCAACAGCCUCAUGAGCAUCCCUUCUACCCAAACACAUACGAAUGCAAGGGUUUGGAGGAGAACUACUGUCGUAACCCAGAUGGGUCGGAGGCUCCCUGGUGCUUCACAUCUGUGCCAGAGAUGAGGACUGCUCUUUGCUUACAGAUCAAACGCUGUGCAGACGACAUCGAGGCUGAAGAUUGCUACCAUGAAAAUGGUAAAAACUACCGAGGCAUGGUCCGCAAAACUCGUAAGGGCAUCACCUGCCAGAAAUGGAACGUUAACACACCUCACCGGACCAGGAUAAACCCAAGGACACAUCCUGAGGCCAAUCUGACAGAGAACUACUGUCGGAACCCAGAUGGGGACCAGCACGGACCCUGGUGCUACACCACUGACCCCAAAACCGAGUUUGACUACUGUGCCAUCAAACAGUGUGCUGGAGAGAAACAGCCGAUGACUGAAGCCGUAGAGAAAGUGGAGUUUAGCGAGUGCGGAAAGAGAGAGGACCGUGUCCAGAGGUCGAGGUUGCGUAUCGUGGGCGGGGUUCCCGGGAACUCGCCGUGGACAGUGAGUCUCAGAGACAGGAAAGGAAACCAUUUCUGUGGAGGAUCUCUGGUUAACCCCAGAUGGGUGAUCAGCACCAAGCAGUGUUUCUCCUCCUGCUACGUGGACCUGCCUGGGUACUCGGCCAUGAUGGGAACACUGUUUCGCGAUCCACAAGAAGAAGAGCCUGGCGUGCAGACCAUCCCUCUCACAAAGAUUGUCUGUGGACCCUCAGAGUCUCAGCUGGUCAUGCUACAACUGGAACACCCUGCUCAGUUUAAUGAGCGUGUCUCUCAGAUCUGCCUCCCUCCUGAGCGCUACAUUGUAGCUGAGGGGACGACCUGUGAGAUCGCAGGAUGGGGUGAGACGAGAGGGACUGGAGAUGAGACUGUCCUCAACGUGGCCCACAUACCGGUUCUUAGUAACAAGGAAUGCAACAAAUACUUCAGAGGUCGUGUUCGUGAGAAUGAGAUGUGCACGAGCUCUUUCCAGGGUGGGGUAGGCGCCUGUGAGAGAGACUACGGCGGCCCUCUGGCGUGUCAGAACAGGGACUGCUGGGUACUCGAGGGUGUGAUCAUUCCCAUGAGGCGCUGCGGACGCCCGGGGCAGCCCAACAUCUUCAUCCGUGUGUCCGUCUAUGUGGACUGGAUCAAGAAGGUCAUGGAGAUGGCUUAGACACACAUAACAGCCAUCCAACAAGGACUGAUCAAUUGUUAUUCACUCACCGUAUACAAGUCAGAUGUUGUUUUACAUUAAAAAAUGUUCAUAAUACAUCAAAGUUUUAAUCAGAUUUUAUUGUACAAGUUACAACAUUACUAUAUAAUUAAGAAGACUCAUUCAGCCUCUCAUUCAUGGAGAAAAUGCAAAGACAGCACAGUAAUUUGUAACAGCUUUAAAUUCAUUUUUCAUUUUAGACUAAAUAAGCAGAAAACAUUUAUAUUCCCAAAACAUGAUCACAUAAGGUGAGAUGAAAAACAAUGCAGAGAUUUAUCAUAAAAAUGUGUAUAGCAAUCACAACAUAAUGUAAUUGUAGCAGAUAUAAGGAUAUUUGUAAGUGUUAAUUAAUGUUCAGUAUUUGUCAUAUUUAAUGUUUUUUUCAUUAUCUGUUUAUACACCACAAGUUUUCGACAAAUACAAUAACACACUUUUAUCUGCUAACAAUGCUCAUAAACCAUUUAUUAAAAAAAGGUUUAUAUUCUCCUUAUAAAUGCUAAAUAAGGACUUAAAAGUAUUUUUGUUAUUUAUUCACCAAAAAGCUAAAAUGGACGCAGAGAUAAAAACUAAUUGUAGCCCCUAAGGUUCAGAGGAGAACAACUGGAGCUAAGUAACUUCCAAUAAUAGCAGAGGUGUGGGGGGUUUACGGCACACAUUUUAAGUUCCUAACAUCCCCUGGAAAUGCACCCUUUACCACAAAACUGUACGCCUCCCCUCCUCUCCCUGGCAUUGAAUGGAGCUCCGAAAUACCUUCUUUGCCCCCAGCCUCUAAAGAAAUCCCUCCUCUGCCUGUCUUUUGAUGCCUGCCCCCACCUCUAAAGACAUGCCUUUGUGCCUUAUGCAGAACUGUAUGCGCUGCACAUUCUUUCUAGUUCUAUAGGAGGAUUUUUGUAACCCGGUCCUGAUGAGCCCACGGAAUUCAGCUUAAAUAAACCUCAAGAUCAGAGUCCAACCGAAUCUCAGACACACCAGCCUGCAGAAGGCCACUGAACUCUCUCUCACACACAAUUUCUCUCUCAUGCAAACCCUCCCCCCCACCACCCUCUCCGACCACCACCUCUCUCCGUCUUAUUCCCCUCAUUCUAUCUGUCUGUGUCUGUCUCUUGGACAUUUUCUUUCUUUCUUUUGUCUGGACACUCAAAAGAAAACUGACAUUUUAUUAUUUUUGUCUGCAGAAAUAAGAUCUAAUGGGACUGAAGUAUACAACCUCUAGCUAAUGAUGGGCAAUUAUCCUCCUGCUGUACACAGCGUCUGGUAAUGGCAGGUUGACAGUUAUGAUUCUCAUUCUGUACACUUUCAUUUAGUAAUAUUUAUAGUGGAUGACUAAUCAAAUUCAUAUAUGACUACCAGUUCUCAGCAACUGUUGCUUCUGAGAAACCUGACUAAAAGAAAUAAUUAAUAAACGCUGCUACACAAAUAUGGAAA